CCAGCCAGUCUGGACAGGAGGAAUGAAGGGUUCCCAUCCGGUGUCGCCAAUCUCGACGCGACCAACAGCGAAACCAAUGACGCGUCUGAGAGUUGUUUCAUCAUGGUAUGCUUCAAUUUCGUCCGUGGCGUCUCUUCCUACAUAAUGUAGAAUAGCCAACAUUCCGCCAGGAUGCGCAUCAAGCCAGGAGGGAGUGAUCCGCAGAACAAGGUCAUGAUAAAUAACUAUAGUCUGACCGGCAAUGAUUGAGUCAGCCACUUUUGAGCGAGACCAUGCUGGCAGGUCCUUGGGAAGACUACCAGAGGGCCCCAUCCGUAGGGCGUCUAUGCACAAAUGUCACCGGAACCACUGUUGCUCCAAUUCAAAUUAUUCAAUUGCCCCACUAUAUGGAAUCUUUACUGAACAUUUACUCUUCAUCAGCAUCGGUCCCAGUAGCCUCAUCGGGGAGAGAGCUUCCUUUGUGUUCGUUCUGUGGAAGGAAUUUUUCUCGUUACACUUGCCCAACCUGCAAUGCCGCCUACUGCUCCCUGUCAUGCUAUAAGUCCCAAGCUCACAAUCAGUGCACCGAGCCUUUUUAUCGCAAGGUGUUGGAGGAUGACAUACAAACAGACAGCAAAAUCAGAACGAACGAAGAGAGAAAAAGAAUCCUUGAUAUGCUAAAGCGACUGGAAGAAGAGGACCUUGAGGGUUUCCCGGACGAUAGUGAUGAGGAUGACAAGCAAGACUCCCUCGCUGCACGACUGGGGGACCUGGAUCUAGACCGAGCUACAACCAGCGAGGUUUUGGCGGCCCUUAAUGACGAUGAGCGCGCUACUUUUACAAAGAUGUUGAAGGAUCCAAACAGCAAAGCUGCAAAGGAAGUGCUUUCGUUCCAUGAUGUCGCUUCCCAGUCUUGGAAGCCAUGGUGGGAGUCAGAAAACGAAGAUACGAAUUCUUCCCUUGGGGAAUUGACCACCUUGACGGAGAGUUUCGAUGCCAUGUUGUCAGCACCUACCAAAAUGUGCCCAGCGAGUCACCCGAUACUUUAUAAUGUAGUUUCUGUCUUACUAUCAUACGCUUUUACAACUAGGCAUCUGGCUACAUCACCUCUGUUAGUCUUGCUCGACAAUGACCAGGAUGCAUCCCGGGAGGACAUAGCGGUAACUGCGCCUUUUCUACUCGACCGUCGCUCAACGGUGGCGUUCCGCAGUGUGGAAGAGGUGAUCACCGAGUUAUGGUCUCGAGAUGAGUCGUUCUCAAAUGCACUGAUGAUCAGACUCCUUCAAGAUGCUCUUAUACUCCUCAAAUUUCCGCCUUUGAUGCCUCCAGAGUAUACCCCUCCUCCCCAUCUCCUCCUGGUUUUCUCGGAUCUCUUCCACCUCUUCCAGAACGCUUCUUCCAAGAAAUGGAAUCUGGCAGCUAUGAAGGUCAGGUUUUACGCUGCACAGGCGCGAUCGGCACCUGCAUCUGCACUCAACGGUCUCCGACUUGGGGUGGAAGAGCAAAUAGAGAAGCUGACCACUAUUGAGCAGGAGAGAUCUCCAAUCGUGCCCUACCCAGCAUUUGUUAUUUGCAAUGGUGAGAAGAGCGAAAGGGGACCCACGAGACUUCGAGCAUCGUCAAAAUCUCUUAUUGAAGAGCUAUGAGCGUUCUCUUUUGAAACGUCAGGGAAUUUCUGCCCAUCCCAGGAUGAUACUUGCUGCGAUCCGAUGGAUUUCCAUCGAAAUCAAAUUUAUGUGUCAUAGGCUAGUACAUAACUGAUGGACGCCGCCUGCUGCGGCAUUACCCGCUACUCUUAUCGCUGUUAUUUGACCGCGAUUCAGGAUGGCCACAUCGAAAUCGACAUUGUAACUUACAGUGC